CCGGCCCCCAAAUAGACGACCUCCCCUCCCAUGAGCUAGCACAAAGCUUCAACGCGCACAUUUUUGAUCUGCUUCAAGUGCAGACUCCACAUGCAAGUGCGAAUCGCAGGUUAAUUAAUUACUGCGCGCAGCAUUGCUGACGCCGGCCGGGUCAUGGCUAAAGCCCAGCUGGUGGCCCGGCUAGCCGUGGAGGUGGCGCCGUCGCAGCUUUCGUGGAUCAUCAGGCGCCGCCGGCUCCAGAGGACGGCGAUGGAGACGAUAGCGGAGGAGGAGAAGGAAUUGGCGGCGGCGGCGGCCAUGGCGCCCCCUCCGCCUCACGUCCGCAACGGCAAUACGAUGACGACCAGCCGCAGCUCAUCCGCAGCGCACGGCGAGAAGCGGCUCGUGCUCGCGCCGGCGCCGGCGAUGGAAGGGCUCUCGAAGAUCGCCGCGUGAUUCAAUUCGGAUCCCGUCUCGUCGGUGGAAAAUCGAACUUAGUAGUAGCUUCGAACUAGCUCGUGCGUUAUAUGCGUGGUUGUAUGCUUUUAACUUCGUUGUGGUUUUAGGCUUAAGAAUGCAGGAUGAACUAUAUACCGCGCGCGCGUGUGUGGAGUUGUAAUCACAUCCUGCGUCGAGUGUGUCACGUAGUAGUACUAGCUACGAGCACUGUAAGCUACUCCUUCUGUUACAUAAUUUUUGUCUCAAAUUUGUUCAAAAAUGGAUGUAUCUAUUUCUAAAAACGUCUAGAUACAUGUAAUAUUUUGACAAGAAUUAUGAAACAGAGGGAGUAGACUUGAACCUGUA